AAAUCUGUUAUCUUUACCUCUUCUUGAGUUUCAAUUGAUUUUGUUCCGUUUUUCAUUGGUAUUUACAAGUCAUUUCCUCGAGCAUUUUGAUUGGAUUGGCUUUUGAAUGUUGUUGGAAUCAAUGAGAGGAAGGAAAAACAAAGGUUUUGAAUGUGGAAAGUCAAGAUGUGCUUGUAUUACUUGCAGAUUUUGGACCAAGAAGGCAACACAAUGAGGAAUUUGAAUUGCAGUGUGAUUGAAAAAGCGCCUUGUUCGGUAGCCAUCUUAGUAGACAAAGGGCAUUUAGGAAGCAUUCCUUCAAUGGCAUCUUCAGGAGUGAAAUGUCAGUAUACAGUAUGUGUGAUAUACAUGGGAGGGAAUGAUGACAGAGAGGCAAUUUCAUUUGCAAAGCGUUUAACAAAGGACACAAGGAUUGAACUAACAGUGCUGAAACUUGGGAGUUGUAUGGAAGAUCAGGGGACAAGUAAGUGGGAGAAAAUGCUUGAUUCAGAGGUUAUCAAAGAUUUCAAAAUGACAUGUUUGGGAGAUGGGAGAGUGAGAUUUUUAGAGGAAAUAAGUGUAGAUGGACCUCAAACAGCAUUGAGACUUAGAGAAAUGGUGAAUGUAUUUGAUCUUAUGAUUGUAGGCAGAAGAAAAGGGUUGGAAUCAUCAUCACCUCAAACUUCUGGUCUUAGUGAAUGGAAUGAAUUUCCAGAGCUUGGAGUUCUUGGGGACUUGAUUGCAUCACUAGAUAACAACACAAGAUCUUCUGUCUUGGUAAUACAACAACAGAAAUAA